CCUAAGAAUAGAAAACACGCCCUCCCGGUCAGGAGGCAAACACUCAGCCAAACGGCUAAGUGGACUGGGGUGUGACAGUUAAGCCCCAAGAUGAUGAUGAUGAAGAAGAAGAAGAAGAAGAAGAAGAGGAGUAUGGCUAUGGCGAUGGUGGUGUCGAUGAGUAAUGCUCUUGUCAUCGUCUCCUUAGCCACGGAAACGAUCGUUAUGAUGGGAGGAGGAGGAGGAGGAAGAGGAGGAGGGGAAGAGGAAGGUGAUGACGUGUGUCAAUGUGGCCGCUUCGCAGAGGAGGUGGAGGAGGAGGAGGAGGAAGAAGAGGAGGAGGAGGAGGAGGAGGAGGGGGAGAGGAAGGUGCUGACGUGUGGCAAUGUGGGCGCUUCGGAGAGGAGGAGGAAGAAGAAGAAGAAGACGAGGAGGAGGAGGGAAAGGAGGAAGAGGAGGGGUGAGGAAGGGAAACAGAUGGGAGAGUUGCUGUGCAAAAUUGCCGACGUGUCACGAUCUGGGCGCUUCAUAGAUCCGCCACUGAUUGGUGUCCGUCAGCGGAUUGCAAUAUGUCAGCAGCGGAUCUAUGAAGCGCCCAGAUCGCGACACGUUGCAAGGCCUUCCGGCCACCAUGGUUUGCUAGAGGAGGAUGAGAAGGAGCAGGAGGGUAGAAGCUCAAAGCCACUUGGCUCAGAAAUGUUUUCACAGCCAGCAUUUGUCAAUGUUUAUGUAGGAAGAUUUUCCGCGGAGGGGUGUGAAAGGCUACAGGACAAGGAAUUACUGCAUUCAUCAAGCAAAAUGGGGGCGGCGGCAGAUGAGAUGGACGACAUUCCCAUCAUGCUUUUGGUCGGGCAGUUUGAAGCAAUGGCUAGACAAACAGCAGCGCCUCUGCGUGGUAGGGACAGUGACGACGAUGCUGCCGAUGCCGUCGAUGAUGCGGAUGACGAUUUAUUAGACGAAGAAGAUGGUGGAGAAGAGACGAUCGGCUUUGGAAUUUCUUCGCCGAUGGGGCCCAUAGGCAAGGGGGGAACGGGUUCACCGUCUUCAUCCUUGGAAAUGCCAGACGCAGCAGAGGGGAACAUCACAGAGGACGACGAUGAGGGUUCGUCAUGGGAGGAGGAUCUUGUAGAUGACGAGGAUAUUGAAAAUUCUUUCAUGGACGUCGAUGAAGACGAAGAAGGGAAGGCCUUGGAAAGAGGUGACAUGGACCCUGACUCCAUCUGGGAAUUGGGGCGGCAGAGAGAAUUGGGACGCCAGAUUUCUGCGUAUGCCUGGAGCAAAGCAAGCAUUUGGCUGGUCUUCAAGUAUGAGCGCGAAUGCACAGCUGCCGAUUUCCCCACCAUACGACAAGUGCGAACUGUCAUUGACUUUUGGAAACCUGGACGGACACUAGAAAGGAAGAAAAAGUAUUUGAAGGUUCUUAUGAAAGGGGCUCUGGAGGCUCUGGCGUUCUGCCACGUCCGAGGUGUGGUCCAUGGUGCUGUGAGCUGCUCGUGCAUCGUGCUGAGCUCGGCCGACACUAGAGAUGCAGGUUUGAUGCUUAGUCAAGGGAACCGUUUUGCAUUUUUUUGUCCUCGCCCAUCUUUCCCUUUUCCCAGUUUUCUUCAGUAGGUAUUAUUUUGUUUCCUAUUUGCAUUUAUUUGUGCCCCCCUCCCCUGCUUUCUUACUUGCCAUGAAGUCU